AUGAGAUUUUGUGCCUUAUUCCACUGCGCCACUCGGAAGCCCAUCAUUCAUCACCAGAAGCCCAUCAUUCACCACCAGAAGCCCAUCAUUCACCACAUCAUUCACCACCAGAAGCCCAUCAUUCACCACCAGAAGCCCAUCAUUCACCACCAGAAGCCCAUCAUUCACCACCAGAAGCCCAUCAUUCACCACCAGAAGCCCAUCAUUCACCACCAGAAGCCCAUCAUUCACCACCAGAAGCCCAUCAUUCACCACCGGAAGCCCAUCAUUCACCACCGGAAGCCCAUCAUUCACCACCGGAAGCCCAUCAUUCACCACCGGAAGCCCAUCAUUCACCACCAGAAGCCCAUCAUUCACCACCGGAAGCCCAUCAUUCACCACCAGAAGCCCAUCAUUCACCACCGGAAGCCCAUCAUUCACCACCGGAAGCCCAUCAUUCACCACCAGAAGCCCAUCAUUCACCACCAGAAGCCCAUCAUUCACCACCAGAAGCCCAUCAUUCACCACCAGAAGCCCAUCAUUCACCACCAGAAGCCCAUCAUUCACCACCAGAAGCCCAUCAUUCACCACCAGAAGCCCAUCAUUCACCACCGGAAGCCCAUCAUUCACCACCGGAAGCCCAUCAUUCACCACCGGAAGCCCAUCAUUCACCACCAGAAGCCCAUCAUUCACCACCAGAAGCCCAUCAUUCACCACAUCAUUCACCACCGAAAGCCCAUCAUUCACCACAUCAUUCACCACCGGAAGCCCAUCAUUCACCACCGGAAGCCCAUCAUUCACCACCGGAAGCCCAUCAUUCACCACCAGAAGCCCAUCAUUCACCACCAGAAGCCCAUCAUUCACCACCGGAAGCUAAUUUGA